AUGUCGUUCCCCGAGACAACACCAGCUCGCAUCGUCCCCGGCGCGUUCCUCAACACCCCGGCGGUUGCUUCGCGAUUCCGCGGUGAAGAGGACUCUGUCAGCAGAAAUCUCUUCCCAAAAUCGUCCCCGGCCCAGAGGAGCGGCUCCGGCGGCGCGGUGCGCAGAAACUCGUCGUCGUCGUCCACCUCGCGGUCACGCACGCUGGCCCGCGCCGGUCUGGCGUCUAGCAAGACGACGGGCUCUCUGCUGGAGAUGACGACGCGCGCAGGCGAUGCGGCCGCCGUUGUGCCCGCGAAUCCUGCCCCAGCACGGCGCACGGAAAACAUGCCGCCAGUCAUGCGUGCUGCCAGGGUCAUCAACGGCUGCCUGGCCAGCGACGAAAACUUUCCCGACAUUGACUCCUACUGCAGACAGGGCGCAUCGUCCGACUAUGAAGUCCCCCCCAGCGACACAGCCUGGUCGCCCUUUCACAAGAUCCAGAUGUAUCCCAUCCCGAACCAAGUCCUCGAUCACUACAACACCGGCGAGCUGCAGACACUGAUGGGCCUAUUCACUGAAGUCAAUCACGCCUGGGUUGUUAUUGACAACGCACUCUUCCUCUGGGACUAUACCAACGCCGACGCGGAGCUUGUUGGCUUUGAGGACCAGCCGCACACCAUUCAAGCUGUUGCGCUUGUGCCGCCCAAAAAAGGGAUAUUUCUCGACACCAUUACGCAUGUCCUUGUUGUCGCCACUUCAUCCGAGAUGUUUCUUCUCGGCAUAGCAGCUACCCCCACGCCAACUGGCACAAAAACCGUUUCGCUCUACAGGACCAACAUGUCACUCCCUCUGCGAGGCAGCGACGUCCGCGUUAUCACGGGCUCAGCCGAUGGAAGAAUCUUCUUUGGCGGUACCAACGAUGUCGAUGUCAGCGAACUGUAUUACCAAUCUGAAGAGAAGUGGUUCUCCAACCGUUGUGGCAAGAUUAAUCACACGAACCCGGGCUGGGCGUCAGUUGUCACCCUGCAGUCUAGCUUCUGGAGCAGCAAGAACCCCGAACAUUUGGUUGACAUUGUCAUUGACGACUCCCGAAACCUGCUCUACACGCUUUCCAGUGCAUCAACGAUUCGUACUUACCACAUGGAAGGUCCCGAUCGACUCAACAAGGUUAUUGAAAAGGAAAAGGUUCACUGCCUUCGCGACAUUGCGCACAUGAUUUCACAGUCUAAACUUCUCACGGAUCGAAUGACGAUUGUGUCCAUCAGCCCCAUUUCAAAGCAAGAGGCCUCGAAAAUACACCUCAUGGCAGUGACAGACACGGGCUGCCGAAUCUUUUUCAGUGCUACAAGCGCUUCGUCUUAUAUCUAUGGCUCCCAAAACAACAUGAUUCCCCAAAGCAUGCAGGUCCAGUUCAUCAAGUUCCCGCCAAGUCCCCAAUCCCGCCGACCCGCGCAACUCCCACGACCUGUUGCGGCCGGUGUGGAGACCAAUAUUGAGUUAGGGUCGGCCAUGCUCAUUCCUAGCAGAUACGGUGCGCGAUAUGCGCCUGGUGUAUUUGUCGACUUUGUCGCGAAAGAAGCUGACGCCAAUGCCGACACGCUCUUCCUUGCCGCCCCCGAAUCGGCUCGAAUCAAGAACACCAACAAUGCUACGCCCCUGCGCUACUACGAGCAAGCGUCUUGGAUCGACAUCGGGAGCCGCGCCGAAGCUGUUGGGCUUGUUACCAAACCUUUCGCCGCCUCUAGCACGCCAUGGGGCUUUGGCAACGAACUGGCUGUGCAAUUUGAGGAGAAAUCACCCGAGGUCGCCAUCUUGACUAAUACCGGUGUCCACAUUGUCCGCCGCAGACGCCUGGUGGACAACUUUGCUGCCGCAAUUCGGGAUGCACCCGGCGAGGAAGCUCUGGAUCUGGUCUGCCGGCGUCUGAUUCAGCUGUACGGCCGAGUAGAGACUGUUUCUACUGCUUUGGCUGUGGCCUGUGGGCAUGGAGGUGACGCACAAAUUGGAUCAGCUCGGGCUAUGGACCAGACUACCCAAGAUCGUGCUCGUGGCAUCUUUGUCGAGAUGGGCGGCCAACCCACACUUGCCGAGACAGACGGCGCUAGCUUAAAUACUGACUCUGUCCGACUGUCUUCGAGGCAUGACGCUCUCUCGCUUUACCUGGCUCGUCUCGUCAGGACGCUUUGGAAAUCGAAAGUCAUUAUUCAAGGCGUCUCUCCCACCGGUGGCCUUGCUGUUGCCUCGGCUGUGCCGCUUGACAGGCUGAGCGCUACCCAAGAAAACCUGGAACGUCUUCGUAGGUUUAUCGAGGCAAACCGCGGUCUCAUCCAAGGCAUGUCUGGCCCUGCCGACCUCCAGCGCACAGGCACACGCCAGGAAGAGAUUUCUCUGCAGGCCGAGCACCAGGCUCUGCACGCGCUACAAAAACUCAUGGAAAGCACCUCGGAAGGUAUCUCCUUUGUUCUCAUGCUGUUUGAUGAACGCGCCACCGAUGUUUUUAUGCGACUUGAGGAGUCUGCUCGUCAGCAGCUUCGCGAUCUCACUUACGAAAUGCUAUUUUCGCAGCCCCAUGGCAAGGACCUGGCCAAGGUCUUGGUCAAGGCCAUUGUGAACCGCAACAUCGAGAGCGGGUCCAAUGUUGAGACGGUGGCCGAUGCUCUCCGUAGACGCUGUGGCAGUUUCUGCAGCCCCGACGAUGUUGUCAUCUUCAAGGCGCAAGAGCAGCUGAAACGUGCGUCUGAGCAACCAGUCGAUACUACCCAAUCACGAAACAUCCUGCUUGAGAGCUUGAACCUGUUUGAGAAGGUUGCUGGUAGCCUGACUUACAAUAAUCUCCAGUCCGCCGUAAGCCAAUACGUGAAUCUCAGGUAUUUUGCGGGUGCGGUCCAACUGUGUCUUGUUAUGGCUCGGGAGAAGGAUCGCGGUAACACUGCCCUCUUGUGGAUUCAGGACGGCAAGCCCGCCGGGGAUCCACGCGCUGAGGCUUUCGAAGAGCGCAGAAAGUGCUACGAUAUGAUCCAUCACGUUUUACGCCACCUAGACCAAACCUCGAGCAAAGAGCCUGAGCUGGUCGACGGCAAACCGACGGUCAUAGCAAUGAAGCGAAUGGAAACGUACGAUGUUGUGAAUGGAUCCGACGACGAAGUGUUCCACUUUGACCUCUACGAGUGGUACAUUCACAAAGGUUGGACGGACCGCAUUUUGGCGAUAGACUCGCCUCAUGUCGUCACGUUCCUCGAGCGCCUGGCCGGGACCAACGUCGAGCACGCUGAUUUGCUGUGCCGAUUCUACACCAAUCGUAGUCGCUUCUUUGCGGCUGCCGAGGUGCAAGCGGGCUUGGCGAAUUCCGACUUUGCUAUCGGUAUCAAGGACCGCAUCAAGCUGCUUAGCUUGGCCAAGGCCAAUGCCAGCGUGACUACCGUUGGCGUGAGCAGACAGCAGCAGCAAAUGCUCAACCACGAAGUCACCGACCAGCUGGACAUUGCCAACAUCCAGGACGAUUUACUCGGACGCUUGCGUGCCGAUGAGCGCCUUGACUUCGAGAAGAAGGAGGAGAUUUCAAAGGCUCUUGAUGGAAGAAUCCUCGACCUGUCAGAACUGUUCAAUAACUAUGCAGACCAGGCGGGAUACUAUGAUCUAUGUCUUGUCAUCUACCACACCGCCAACUACCGCAAUCCGACAACCAUUUCCUCCACCUGGAGCAACCUCAUUCAGCAAACGCAUGAUGAAGUUAUUUCGCGCCUAGAGGAUACCAGGCCGGGCCAGGUCGAACCCCCGGUGCCGUACGAGGCCGUCAGCAGCAAGAUUCAGAACAUUGCGCACUACACAUCCCUGGACAGCUUCGUCUUUCCCAUCCAGACGUUGCUGCCGGAGCUGUGCCGCUACGCCGUCGCCUACCAGCAGGACGCGACCAUUGGGGCUGAGCCGUCGUGGCCUGCGCAGCUCUUUUUGACGCUUGGCGUCUCGCAUAACAUGAUUGUGCAGGUGCUGGAAAACAUCUUUGACACGCAAGACUAUGGCUUCUCUGGCAUGGUGCGCAACCGCAUCAUCGAGAUUAUCGUGUACGUGGUCAAUGACUGGGCGGCCGAGGUGCGGCGGCGCGGUGGACAGACGACGGGCGCGGCCAUUGGGCCGGCCGUCGGCGAGCUGCUCGCGCGCUGCGAGGCGGCGCUGCCGCCCGCAGGACACGGCAACAACCAUGGCGGCACGGAACUCAAAGAUGUCCGACGUGUGCUCAAGACGGUGCGACGCGAAGUCACUGGCUUGGUGGAACGUGUGCCGAAUGGAAGUCUUCGCUGGUAG